AUGGCAGUUAGCUCGAAGGGAAAGAUCUCAGGGGACAUGGGGAUGUCUAAAAGAAACCUGCUCGCGGAAUGGUCCUUCUUUGCGGUAUGUUCGGUGCUCAUGAUACUGCGUCUGGGACUUCGAUUGCGUUUUUAUCGUCGACUAUUCUGGGAAGACACGUUCGCAGCCUUUGGUUACUUAUUUCUCUUUGCCAUGGAUGUCGUUGCCAUGUACUGCGUACACCAUAUAGAAGUAUAUGAGAAUCUUGCUAUUGAAACACCUAGAUGGAAUCAUCACUUUAACGCAAUGUUGAAACUAUCAUUCACGGUCGAUGUGCUCUAUAAUUUCGUCAUCUACUCGAUCAAGGCCAGCUUUCUGUCCUUCAUGUGGAGAAUAUUUCAUAGUAUUCCCGGCUUUCGAAAACCUUGGUGGAUUAUUACGAUUUCUACCGUUAUAUUGGGCUUGGGUAGUCUAUUACUGGAACCUGUGACUUGUGUGAAGUUCUAUCUAGGACCCUGCGCAGAGAAAGAUGACAUACGCCGCAAUAAUAUCACUUUGAAAACCGGAGCGGCACUUGAUAUCUUGACUGAUUUUAUGAUUAUGGCUCUUCCAAUCGCAUUCAUUGCAAAUUCAAAACUACCCUGGAAUCAGAAACUAGGCAUCAUAUGCCUGUUCUCGUUGGGUUUUGUCAUCGUUGCAACCUCCCUCGUCAGAAUUAUAUCCCUUAACUUCCCCGGCAUGCAUCCACCUGUUAGCUGGAAGCUGUUUUGGGCCAUGAUAGAGAGCAGUAUAGCGGUUAUCACGUCCUGUUUCGCUUCAUGCAGAUCUCUCUAUACUUUGCUCAAACGAUCCGACAACUCUAGAUCUGGGUUAUCCGUUUCAAGUAGGAGAAUAUGGCCCUCACGCAGACGCGCACACCCAAGUCCCCAUCCGUUCGACAUUUCUAUGUCAGUUUUUCAAUCUCGGAGCUCACCCAGUAAGGUGGCCACGGAAAACGGCGAGGUUCAACCUGGACCAUGGGCCGACGGCGAAUCAGCGGUAAAAAUUCUUUCGCAAUCCGAGUCCGAAACACCGGACGAUAGACCAACUACCUAG